AUGGUUCAAGAUGACUCCGCGCAGGCGGCGCAAGGAAUCGUCUCCCUUCUGGACACAGAUCUCUACAAGCUGACCAUGCAAUGCGCGGUCCUCAAGUACUUCCCAGAUGUUUCUGUGACCUACAGCUUCACAAAUCGAACCCCGCACAUGAAAUUGCGGCGCGCAGCUUACAAAUGGUUGCUGGAGCAGCUAAACAAUUUGGCUCAUAUCCGCGUGACUGCCGAGGAGCGCGAAUUCCUGCGCGAAAAGUGCCCGUACCUCAAUGACGCAUACCUUUCCUACCUCGAGACCUUCCAACUCAAUCCUUCCGAGCACGUCGAAGUCAAGUUCGUUGCGACACACGAUACCGGCAGUGACAAUGACGAGGGCAAUGUCGAAUAUCUCAUCAAGGGACUCUGGCUCGACACAAUUCUUUAUGAAAUUCCUCUGCUGGCGUUGACCAGCCAGGCAUAUUUCAUGUUCAGCGAUACGGACUGGGAUUAUGAGAACCAAGAAGAGAAGGCAUACCAGAAGGGAUGCACGCUGUUGGAGAACGGCUGUGUGUUCUCUGAAUUCGGCUCGCGUCGUCGACGAGACUACCACACGCACGACUUGGUCAUGAAGGGGCUUUGCCGCGCCGCAGAGGAGGGGAAAAAGCAGGGCUGGCCUGGUGCCAUGUCUGGAACAAGCAAUGUCCACUUUGCUAUGAAAUACAAUAAGCCUGCUGUUGGAACGGUGGCGCACGAAUGGUACAUGACUAUUGCGGCGAUCACGGAUGAUUAUCCGAACGCCAACGAGCUAGCACUCAGCUACUGGCUCGGCUGUUUCGGAGAGGGUGUUCUCGGAAUCGCGUUGACCGAUACCUUUGGCACACCGGCUUUCCUCGACGCGUUCAGCAAGCCGAUCUCGGUUCCAAACGAAAAUGCCGCUGUUAAGUCAAAGACUACAUACGCACAGUGCUAUACAGGCGUCCGCCAAGACUCGGGAGACCCAACAAACUUCGUCAAGAUGGUUCGAGAAUUCUAUGACCGACAGGGUAUCACUGACAAGAAAGUUGUGGUAUUCUCGGAUUCACUGGAUAUUGAGCACUGUCUGGAGUACAAGACAAUUGCUGAAGAGGCAGGCCUCACCCCCACGUUUGGAGUGGGAACUUUCUUUACCAACGAUUACACAAACAAAGCAACAGGCGAUAAAUCCAAGCCAUUGAACAUCGUUAUUAAAAUCGCUACUGCGAAUGGAAGUCCCGCUGUCAAGCUCAGUGACAACCUCGGGAAGAACACUGGUGACCACGCCAAGGUGGUAGAGGUCAAGAAGAAGUUGGGCUAUGUUGAGCAAUCCUGGGAGGCGGGCGAUGAAAGUCACCGCUGGACGAAGCAGGCUUGA